AUGGCUGAGAAGCAAAGUGUGGUUCCAGGAGAAGAAGCUCAAAGGAAAAAUUGGCAACUGUUAAGUUCAUGCUUAGAACGAAUACUUUCAAGCAUAGAUGCUUCCAAACUGGAAGAUUCAUUCAAAGAUGUAUUCCAAGUAAACGUAAUAUUGGGUCAAAAUAUCUUAAUAAAUAAGAUUAUAACUUUACAACAAUCUCAGGAUAAGGCUGUUGUUUACAGUGCUCUGAUAGCACUGAUAACUUCAGAAGUUCCUGAAAUAGGUCUGGAAUUCAGUAAAGCGGCAACCAUUCAGUUCAUUAUAGGAUAUAAUAGGUCUAAUAAGAGAUCCUGUUUUGCCAUGAUAAAUCUUCUUUGUUCACUUUUUAAUUAUGAGGUGGUUCAUGAGAUUGUGAUAUUGCAAUUAUUACAUUUACUUCUGCAAGAUAUUAAUACAUUUUCCAUAAGCAUAAUUGUGACGAUAAUGACUAAUUGUGGUGCACAAUUGUUGACUCUGAGUCGAGUUGCUCAUAAUAUGAUAUAUGAGAAGUUGAGAGAGUUGUUACAAUCGAAUAAUUUAAAAAAUGACCAAAUAAACGAAUCGAUAGAGGCGUUGUUUGAUUUGCGAAGGUUGAAUUAUAAAUCUCCAAGGGUGCCCAAGUUAUUAACGUUACCUGAACAUAUCAUACACACUCAUACAUUUAUGAUAGAUGAAUUAGAUACUACAAAACCGAACCGUGGUGAUUUUCAAUUCCAUUCUGAUUAUCAGGAAUUGGAGGAUUGUUAUCAGAAUGUGAAAGACCGAAUAACAUUACUGAAUAAAGAAGCAGAAAAAGAAAAGGCAGAUAUUACACAAAAGAAUGUACUUAGUGAUAUGAAGGAUAUGACAGCCACGGAUGAUUUAGAAUUCAAGAAAAAAAUAUAUCUUCUGUUGAAGAGUUCACUUUCUGGUGAUGAAGCAGCUCACAAGAUUUUAAAAUUAAGAAUACCAGAUGAUGACAAAUGGAAAAUAGUAGAUGUGAUUAUUAAGUCAUCGUUACAGGAAUCUACAUACUCCAAAUUCUAUGGAUUGCUAUCUGAGAGGUUGUUAACGAGUCAUAAGUCUUGGAGGGGUUCAUUUGAGAAAAAUUUCCAAUCUGAUUAUGAGAAUGUUGAAAAUUGGGAACCGUCACAGCUAAGAAUCUUGGGGAAACUUUGGGGUCAUAUUUUGGCAACUGAUUUAAUUAGUUUGAGUGUUUUUCAAAUUGUAAAACUAAAUGAGGAUGAUACUAAUGCUGCUAGUCGAAUUUUUUUAAAAUUCAUCUUGCAGGAGUACGUGGCAGAUUUAGGUAUUGAUGAAGUUAAGAGACGGUUUGAUGAUGUAGAGGCUCAAAAAUAUAUGGAGACAGUGUUUCCCUCGGAGAACCCUGAUUGGAUUAGGUACUCAAUCAAUUAUUUUACUGCGAUUGGAUUGGGUGUGCUCACGGAGAAGAUGAGAUUACGACUAAAUGUGAUCCAACAAGAGUCAAUGGAGCAAGGAGAGGAGGAGGAGGAGGAUCUACAGGAGGAAGAGCAAGAGGAGGUAGAAACCAAUGAACCUAUUCCUUCCAUCAGAAUGGAAUCUUCUGGCAAAAUGAAUCCUAAUAUGAUACCUUUAGGUGAUCAUGCCAAAAGACGUCGCAAUAGAUCAGUGUCUCCCUCUAGAAGGAGAAGAAAUAGGUCACGUAGCCCUUUGCCAAGGCGCCGUAAGCGUCAAUAG